GAAUUCCCGAUCAUCGGCUGGGCGGGUACGUACCAAUCCUCCAAUUCAAUUGGAUCUCACUCAGCCUAGAAUCUGUGUAUCACACCACGACAUUUACUGCGAGCGACAUACCGAGACGACGAAUUGAACAUCAACCUACGAACCUACGACCUCACGAAGCCGAUCUCGGGCAAAAUUGGUCUGGAUCAAGAUGACGACCGCCUAGAAUGGCCACUCCAAGCCCCGCCCCUUCAAGGGUCGCCGUUAACGCUCUCCGCGGUGUUCUCCUAACAACGUCCUGCUCAGUCAUUAUCCUUGCUGAAGAACGACGUCGACGACUCAAUAUCGCUCGAGCCGCACUCGAUAAUGCCAAGAAGCUUCAUACUGCGCGGGUGAACCGCAACUCGGCUGCGCUGGCUGAGAGCUACAGUAGUAGACGAGAAACCUUUCCAAUUGAAAUCGCCCACGAUUUCUCGCACGCACCUGCCAACAAUGCUGUGCGCCGUCGUCGAACAAGAAUCGACUCGUUGGAGCAUGAAUUAUCGCGCCCGAAGGAGAUUGAGCAUAUAGAGUCUUUUGAGACAACAUUGCCUGAGGAUGGGGACUCAACAAGCACGCCUCAGAAUCGCCAGAGGAGAUGGGACGAGUGGGAUGCAGCACGAAAGGAAUUGUCACGAAUAUCAGAAAACAGCACAUUCUCCCACAAUGCCCUUUCUAUCAGGUUAUCGCCAGAGAUCAGCCUACCAACCACAUCAUUACCAAGGACACGAUCAGCCAACACCAGGACGAGCACCAUCUCGAAUGACGCACGGGCGACACACCAGACCAAAGCCAGGAAGGACGCUAUUGCAGGCUCAACGGAAAUAUACACGACGGAGAACACCUCAAAGGCAAGCGAUGGACAAGUUAGUGCAACAAAAUCAGAGCCACUUGAUGAAACCUUGAUCGGACUACAAGAAUCGCGGUCACUGCUGGAUAAUCUCCUUGUGGAGAUAGAGUCCCAAGACUUGCCACGCGAAGAGCGUGCACAGAAAGAAAUGAGAGCUGCCAAAAUGCUUAAACAGUUGACCUCAACACAGAGUGAAGAGGCCCAGGAGAUUUUAUCAAGAGGCAUCCGCAUACUUCAGUCCACAGCAGUCUCACGGGAAUACGGCACCAUCCCACUCAUUCUCGAAGCCGUCCGUCCCGCUUGCAGCGAUAUUUGUCUUUUAGCCGUACCCUUUCUUGACAGUCUUUUCCGAAACCGCGAUGUUGAGGGUGUGCGGCAUCUACUGCGAAGUCUAUCACGCUUUGAGCCUCAAUCGAAGGAGGCAGUGAAUACCAAUCGCAAUGAAUGGGCCACUCGGCUACUUAUGCAUUACUGGAGGAAGACGAAGGACUUCCUGGAGGUCAAGAAGAUUUAUGCCUUCCUCCAAAAAGGCGGUAUUUUUGACGAGGAUAUAUUUUCUUCGUCUACUCAGUAUGCUGUCAGACGCAGAAUUACCCUGAUUGCUCUUGAUGCUGGGGAUGAUGCGACUGCAAGCGCAGAGAUGUCCCAGCUCCGCGGGAUGAGACCGAAGGCCUCGGGUGUUGAUGUCAAGCUUCGUGGGAGAUUCAUUGUACGCGAAGCUGAACUGGGACAAUGGGACGAGGUCACGUCUGGACUUGAGACUUUCGGGCCUAAAGCAAAGCAAUCCUCCCAAUUUCAGAAUGUUCUCUCCUGGCUGACAAAGAUCUAUUGUAAGGAUCACACGACCGCGGAGAUGGACAUCUUUGUAAGGGAGCUUGUCAGCAACCACCAAAUGAGUUUGAACAAGCCCUUGGCAUUCUUCGUUAUGGAUAGGCACGGCCGAACCCGCAAUCUUCAAGCCCUGGUUGCGUGGGUGCAAUUCUGCCAAGACGGUGGCCUGGAAAUGGACCAGAUCUUCUUCAACGAGAUUGCCGACAAGUGCUGCAGAUACUGGAACCUGUCGAGAGCUGACGUGGUCCGCAUGCUGAAGGAUGCACGAACUUCUGCACCUUGGCUGAAGGAUCCUCUUCUGACCAGCUACGCCAGUGAAGGUGGUCUGCAUGACCUUCACAAGCCCCUGCCAGGAGAAAAGGCAGACAGCUAUGGAAUUGCCCCGACUCUGCCUGAACGCCGAGGUGACUCGAUAUCUAUCUAUGAGCGAGCAGCAUUCAAACAUAUGAAUACUCUGGCGCUCAAGAACGACUGGAGCGGUGUCUACACCGCCUACAAGGAGGCAACUAAGAAGGGCCUUGGCGAUUCAUCACGAUGCCUUCGACUUGCUGUUGUCGCCAAUAUUCACUUGGAAGGACCCCAUUCGGGCACAGUGUCGUGUCUCAUUAAUGAGGCAUACAUAAGGAAACACGACAUUAGCGGUGCUUUGGUUCCCAUGCUGGUCGCUCGACUUGAGGCUGGUGACAAUGUGAGUGAUCUGCUCCAUGAGAAUCUUGCCAAGGGUCAACACAUUCACGACAGUGUAUACAACAAGGCCGCUCGUGUUCUCACUCAGAAGGGUAACCCUGAAGCCGCGAUCAAGGUCUGCGAAAUGGCGGCACAGCAGAAUGGUUUGGGUGAGCUGGCAUACAACAAGUUCAACUUUGCCAGUCUCAUCCACUCAUAUACUGGACAAGGGCGUUACAGAGACCUGAUGUCACUCAUUGCAAGCUUCAUAUCGAAGUCAGAGUGGUGGCAGGGUAGCAAAGAAUGCAAGGAAUCCGUCAAGUUGGCUAUGAAACAUGUGGCAUCAAGGGCAUCAAGGGACCACAGGCGCGAGAACACGCAUAAGCAAGUCCUAUUACGUCUUGACGAUGCUCUUGAACAUAUCAAGUCCUUACGGGCCACGAACAAACAAGAGCGGGAAGCUGUUACCAAGGAGGUUGUUGGAGCUUUCAAGACGGUGGAAGAGCCAGUGGCAUUUGAAGGAGGCUUCUUUCCAGACACACAAUCUGGGCGCCAGACGCCAAAAGAUAAGCGGAAUACAGACUGGGAGUUGUCUUCAAGACGAGAUUCAACACCCCAAGCAUUGAGCGAGUCGAGGCAUAGGAUCGUUGAGGACGAAUUGCCUGCUCGACAGCAGAAGAUAGAUGAGGUCCGAACAGCACGACACGAGAGGACGAAACGAGAGAGGACGCCUUCGCCUGAGAUUUCCGAGGAUGAAAUAUAUUUAGAGAAGCAGACAGCAGGAGCAAUGGCUUGAGGUAAGAAGAUGUAUAGUUAGAAGACAUAUGCAUUGGCAUGGCGUAGACAUUAUGGUUACAGAAGAGGCUUUGGGGAAUAUCAGCUUCUUGGUCACAUUUACUUUUCUUUGUGGCCUGAGAACAUGAGAAUAUGAUGGUAUCUGUUAUGGUACUAUCUGCAAGAGAAACAAUACAAAACA